AUGGGCGAGAACGCCACAAAUCUGCUUCAGCAGAUGGUGACUAAACAAGCCCGUGAGCAAAGGACGACACGCGAUGCAGCACUGGGGAACAAAUUCCACAAACUGCCUGAUCCACAGUCAUCCAGAGGCGGCACACUGGUACACAAUCUGUCGUCAAAGGAACUGACGAAGGAGCAAGUACGGGUUUUACAACACGAGGCCUCAUUCAACACAGCUGACGCCAAACCUGGCAACAUGAUUGCAGCAGUGGAAUCGGUCAUUAAUCAGACGGAAGCGGCGGAGGAGACGAGGAACCACAUCCGACUCCAAGUCUCGUCCCUCCAUAUGACUACUGCAACUAUUCCGUGCAGCUGCCGUUGA